AUGUCCAAUCAAUGGCUGCUGGUCUGCGUGAUGGGUGUGGUUGGGGUCUGCACAGUGCAGGCGGCCUUCUUCCGGGGCCAGCCCUGGAAGGAACUGUUCAUUGCAGAUGACUCGAGAGCUGAUAAAAGUGAGUUGAGCGGGCUCUGAAGUUGCUCUGAAUCUUUAUUUUGCUUAUUUCCCUCAGGGCUUUUGAUUAGAAUUGAUUUUUUUAUUUCAAUUUGCACAGUGCGCUCAAUUUUUGAAUUUUUCACUGCACUGUGCAAAAAAGCAAAGAGAAAAAUUCGAUCGCACUGUGCGGUUGUCGCCAAGUGUCCAUGCGACAAAUCGCACAGUGCGGAAAACAAAAAAGUUUUGUUUCCCGCACUGUGCGAUCAAUUUUUGUUUUUGGGACUGCACAGUGCAGAUUUUUACGGAAAAAAGGUCCGCACAGUGCAAAAUGAAGAAAACAAAAGUUGUAAAAUACGCAGUUUCUAUUGUAUACGUUAAAAUCAACCUAGAAACGUCACAUUACAAAAGUUUUUUGCAGUUAAAAUCAUCAAUUUUGCCAAGGAUAAUAUAAAAAAUUUCUGUUUUUUUGCGUUUUUUCAAUUAUUUUUGAUGAAAAAUUACCUAAAAUUACUACGAAACUUCGGUAAAAUUACUUUUCGUAGCAUCUACACGCUUUUUCUCCACCUUUCUCUUACCGUAAUCCCUCGAUUUCCGGAAUCUCCCACUAAAAUCAUGUGACAAAAAACGGCUGUUAUUGCCGUCUAGCUUGAUUGAUGUCUCCAAAAUUACUCGAAAAUGUCGCUGAAAUACGUAUAUUGGACUUGGGAUCCGUCAAUCAGCCAAAACUUUAAUUUAAUUUAUUCGAUUUCAGGGUCUGUGGCCUAUCUCCCAACGUUGGACGAAUUCUCAUCAUAUGGCUCAUAUUAUUACAAUUCCCCGGAUGAGGUGGACGGCUACAGGCAAGCGAAAAGAGGUAUGUUCAAUAAAAAAAAUUUUUAAUUUGAAUAUUCAAAAAAAUUUUUUUUAUAAAAGUCUUGCAUAUUCAAAUUUUUUGACGUCCAAAAAAUCGCCUAAUUUUUUCUGAGCCCUCUAAUAAUUUUCAAUUUUCAACUUUUUCGGAAAUUUGCAUAAUUUCCAAAACUUUGCAUAAUUUAAAAAAAUAAAAAAUUUGCAUAUUCAAAUUUUUCAAACGUUAAAAACUAUGCUGAAAUUUUUUCUAGGGUAUGCAAAAACUUGUGAGCCCCUUAUUUGCCCUAAAAUUAUGCUAAUUUCCAAAAAUUUGCAUAAUUUAAAAAAAUAAAAAAUUUGCAUAUUCAAAUUUUUCAAACGCUAAAAAAUAUCCUGAAAUUUCUUCUAGGGCAUCUAAAAUUUUUUGAGCCUAUAAUUCGCCCAAAAGUUAUGCUAAUUUCCAAAAAUUUGCAUAAUUUCUCCCAAAAUCUGAAUAUUCAAAUUUCGAUUUUCCAGAUGAUCAGGCAAUGCCAGGAGUUCUAAGGUUCGGAAAGCGGGCAGAUAUCGACAAGAAAGAGAUGCCCGGAGUGCUCCGGUUCGGCAAACGAAGUGAUGGCGAAGCCGAGAAAAAGGCUGUUCCCGGUAAGUUUUUGAUUAAAUUUGGCGAUUAAAUCAUACCAAUAGGAGCAGAAUUUAUUUUUCAAUCUACUAGUACAAAACUUUUACCAAAACGAUCAAAAAAUUCAAAUUUAUGGCCAUUUUUUCAUCAAUUUUUGUCAUGGAUAAUAUAACUGAUCUCUCAAAAUCGCGAUUUUUUGGGCCCAAUCGCACUUAUAAGACGUAUAAAGCAUAUUUUAAAUAAAACUACAAAGCGAUACGCCGAUUUAUUGCCAAAAACUCCAUAAAAUCGGCUUUGUUACACCUUGUCGCGCAUUUUUUUGGUCCUCCGAGAGCUAUAAAAAAGAUAUAGCUCACGAAAUUGGUUCCAUUUAGAAUAUUAAAAUACAAGUUUCGUUGUCCCAAAGCUUUUUGAGCCAUUUUUCAAAAAAAAUUUCAAUUUUUUUAUCAUGUGUAAUAUAAUUUUUUCUCUAAAAAUCCCAUUUUCAGGUGUCCUCCGGUUCGGCAAACGCUCAGACAUGCCCGGUGUGCUACGGUUCGGCAAACGCGACGGUGCUGAGAUGCCAGGAGUCCUCCGUUUCGGCAAAAAAUCGGAAAUGCCCGGAGUUUUGAGAUUCGGGAAACGCUCGGACAUGCCCGGAGUGCUGCGUUUCGGCAAGCGCGGAGACAUGCCCGGUGUGCUCAGAUUCGGCCGGAAAUAA